UCAGAAACAUGCCCAAUUUGUCUUGAUCAUAUCACUGGGCCACGACGUUUGAAGUGUCGGCACGUGUUUUGUUCAGUGUGUCUUCAACAAGCGCUGAAAGUGAACAACAGGUGUCCCGUGUGUCAAGAACCUCAAGGAGUUCUUCGAGGAAACCAGCCACGAGGAGAAAUGACAAGCUAUCACGAGUCAUAUAGAAGUCUCCCAGGUUACCCAGGUAAUUUUAAAACUCGUUUACAAACAACCAACCGCUGGCGACAUUAGGGACCUACAGCAAACACGACGGUACUGUUAGUGGCACCGCGAGGUUCAAAAAGUAAUAGGCCGAAAAAUCAACAGCAACAGCAACGACAACUCUGCAUGGGCGUCACAAUAAUAAUAAUAAUAAUAAUAAUAAUAAUAAUAAUAAUAAUAAUAAUAAUAAUAAUAAUAAUAAUAAUAAUAAUAAUAAUAAUAAUAAUAUAAUGAUGAUGAUGAUAAUAACCUCACAAAUUUACUUCAUUAGUGACGUUUUUAGUUCCGUCGUCAUCGUCGUUGCUUUAACUUUCUUGUGUCACAGAAAUGAUAUGUGUAAUGUUAGUAAGCAGCCAAGGCGGCGCCCUGAAAAGUAGGUUGUAGCGCAACAUAUCUAGUUGGUCGGGGAAUAGGUGAAGGUGGAGUUCGUCAAAGAAAGCGACAUAUCAGUGACAUAUCAAGUUCUAGUCGCUCGACUGCUAUUUUAGAUUAACACAGCUGGGUCUCUGAAUAAAGGCUCUCUCAUUCGAUUUGGUUGUCGAGCACGCCUCUCCAAGUGAAAAUGAACUGACUUGAUCCCGCUCAAUUUUCUUUCGAAAUGCUCCCAUUUGAAAAUCGAGGAAGGCUUAGAGCAGCGAUUUGAGGGGCGGACUACUUUAAUUUCUAUGGGUGCGUAGGCUGUCAGUUUUUUUAAAAAACCUCUUGAACUACAGCUUGACUAAUUUAUUCUUGCGCAAAGAGGAGUUGACGGACGAAAGGAUCUGCACAUGCCUGUACAUAUACUCUGCUUUGCCUGUUUGCAGGGUGUGGCACAAUCAUCAUCAGAUAUUACUUUCCAUCUGGGGUUCAGGGCCAAGAACAUCCACACCCUGGCCAUCAUUACGAGGGUACUUCAAGGGAAGCUUAUCUUCCAGGCAACCGUGAAGGACGAGAGGUUCUACAGCUACUAAGUAGAGCAUUUGACGCUCGACUGGUGUUUACGGUUGGCACUUCAAAUACAACGGGACGUCCAAAUCAGGUGGUAUGGAAUGAUAUUCAUCACAAAACUAGCACGAGUGGAGGACCUACUGGGUAAGAAUACAUAAAUUAGCUGACCAGGGUAACACUUUAAGGCAAGAAUCAAUAAAUUAAUGAAAGGUGUUAUGAACACCAGUAAUUGUUACUGCUGAGGAUAAGUCUGUGAUGGACUAGCAUCCCGGGCGGACCGUCCAGGAUUGAGUUGCAAUUCUCGUAUGCACUUCAUGCUACAGAAACCGGGAUAAGCUUUGAUACUAUUGGCCUGUAACCGAAAUAAACGGGAAUAGGGAGGGGAAACGAAAAAAAGUAUGCGCACGAGUCAAUAAUUCCUUAAAAAACCUUUUUUUUUAAAUAUUUGGACUUAAACUGGUAUAUACUGCCCGGUCGUCGGACUAUAAAGUAGUUAAUAAAAAAGAGGGGAAACCAAUUGAAAAACUGACAGGGCUAUUUGUUAUUUAGUACACAGCUUUCAAGAAAUAUUGUCCCAGGAAAGCCACUCAAUCAAUUAAGAAAUAAUGUAACAAAAUUAUGAAUCAUUAAUACACAGUUCUUCAUCCCUUACAAAUAGAUGUUGUUUUGUUUAAAGGUUUGGAUAUCCUGACCCAGAUUACCUGCGGCGAGUUAAAGAAGAGCUGGCUGUUAAAGGAAUCCGCUAA